AUGCCUCACGAGCGCACGCCAGGCUGGGUCGCCGAGCCGCAGCUCGGCUCGUGGGCGGAAGACAUGGGCAAGUUCGUCGAGCAGGACCUGACCAAGAUUGCCGCGGUUUAUUGCCUCGUGGUGAUACUACUGCUGUUCUCCUGGCCGCCGGUCCCGGCCGUGCUGCUCGGCACGGCUCUGCUCGUCCUGCGCCGCUACCUCGCCGGCGGCCGCUACUUCUCGGAGGCGCGACUGGACGGCCGCACGGUGCUGGUGACGGGCGCCAGCGGCGGCAUCGGCCAGGAGACGGCGCGCCAGCUGUACCGCCGCGGCGCCAGGGUCGUCCUGGCCUGCCGCGACGUCAGCAAGGGCCGCGUGGCUGCGAAUGGGAUCAGGUUAGGUCUGCCACCUACCGGUGGGAGCCUCAGUGUGAAGCGUCUGGAUCUGACGUCGCUGAACUCCGUACGGGAAUUCGUCAAGGACUUCAACCACACAGAGCAGAGUCUUGACGUGCUCAUCAACAAUGCUGGUGUAAUGUGGAGGCCAUUUGAGAAGACUGAGGAUGGGUUUGAGCUGGCAUUCCAGGUCAAUCACCUGGCGCCAUUUCUGCUCACCAUUCUUCUUCUGGACAAGCUGAAGGCUGCACCUCAGGGACGAAUCAUCAACGUUUCUUCCAUGGCCAACUACUUCACGAACGGCAUCAACUUCGCCAACCUAAACGGAGAGGAAACGUUCAACAGCUCGUCUCAGUACAGCAACACCAAGCUGAUGAACAUCGCCUUCGCCUCUGAGCUCAGCAGACGCCUGGCGCUCCUCGGAGGACGUGACCGGAUGGGGAGGGGCGCUCAACGACGGGAGGAGAGGAAUACGUGA